AUGACUGAACACUUUUCAAUGCCAACAUUAGAAAGUAACAAUGGUAUGCCAUCAAAAUCUCCAAUGCCUAAACAAAGUCCACAAAUUCAACAACCAAUUCUUGUAUCACAAUCUUCAACUGCAAAUGUUCAUAUUAAACCGAGAAAGUAUAAAUGUGAUCUCUGUCAAAAAUUAUUUGUUCGGCCAAGUCAAUUAAAAACUCAUAUGCACACUCACACCGGUGUGAAACCAUUUAAGUGCACUUUUGAAGGAUGUGGCCGUUGUUUCUCAGUUGUUAGUAAUCUUCAUCGUCAUCAAAAAAUUCACAUGAAAUCAUCUCUUCCAGAAACAUAG